AUGGAACGAGUACGCGCCGCAGCAGCAACAGUCGCAGUUCCAGCAGUCGCCUUUGUCGGCGCAAUUCCCGCAAUACCCGCCACAAAUGUCUCCGCAGUACCCGCCGCCGCCGCCGCCGCCGCCGCAGCAGCAGCACACGCACAACCGGAAGAGCUUCCGUGGGACCAUGGCGACAACGUUCCCGUCGCCCCCGUUAUCGCAUUCCCUGGUAACCACCCGAACGUCGCUGGUAACCAUGCAGGUAACCACAUGGGCGUCGCGAGUAACCACGGUGGUAACCACCGCCGAUCGCGAUCCAUGGGAAUGGGGGCUAUGGGAAUGGGGGGGAUUGCGCCUGAUUUCCUCGCGCAGAUGGGACCGCCGGGACAGUUUCCGCCAGGGCCCGCGGGAGCGGGGAGAGGCGCGCAUCCGCCUGCACCAGGGGGUAGAGGGGAGGCGGGAGCGCAGGGGAGAGUCGGAGGCGAUCUGGACGGGCGCGGAAGAGGGGGAGACGCGGGCGGAGGAGUAAGCGGCCCAGGGGAAGGUCCGAGGGGGAAAGGCGGAGCGGCGGGGGAAACUAGAGGCGUAGGCGGAGGAAGCCAGGAGGCGGACGGCAGGGGGGGAAAUUUAGACAGUAUUGACCCUCGAUUUAAGCCUAAGUUUAUAAAAUCCGGCGGGAGGGUGUGGGAGAUGUUUUCAGGACCGUCCGUUAAUAUACUACGGAGAGAGGACGACGCGGAUUUGCCGCCAGAGGACUUAGCAGCUAUGGUUGCCGCGCCUGUCGCAAAGCCCUCGCGCCAUCGGCGCACCAAGUCCGCCUUCCCCGCGGACUCCGCGCAGUUCCUCCAGGAAACGGACUUCCGCGGAGGGGAUGGGGGGAACAGAUCGGGGGAGGGGGCGGACGGGGAAGGGGGAGGCGGAACCGGGUUUGGAGGCGGGGAUGGUGGAACAGGAGCGUGGGGAGCCGGCGGGGGAGGUGGGGGCGGGAAUGCGGGCGGAAGGGGGGCUGGGGGAGCUGUUGGGGUGAGGGGGAGCGGGCCUGCGGGCGCGCAGAGGAUGUUAUCGUCUGCAGGGGGGGUACGGCGCGCCUCCCUUGACGGCGGCGGAAGAGGCGCUCCCCUUGAGGGGGUGGAAAGGCGCGCGUCCCUUGACGGGGGGAGGAUCCCCGCGCCAAUCCCCUCCUCCUUCUCAGACCCUUCCAAACCGAUCCCCACCCAUCCUCUGAGGCAUCGGUCCAUGGACCUUUCCAAUACGGAGAUAGGGAGGGGCCGUUCAGGCAGCAUCAGGCAGUGUGUGCAUCGGAGGAGUAACGAAGUCUAUGCGUGCAAAACAAUCCCCAAGGGGAAAAUACAGAGCGAAGAGGAGGCAGAGGAUGUGCGGAGGGAGGUGGAGGUGUUGGAAGCGGUGAGAGGGCACCCCUGCUCGGUGCAGCUGCAGGGGGUGUUUGAAGACGCGGAGCACGUGCAUUUGGUGAUAGAUUUGUGUCAAGGGGGGGACCUGUGGCAACGCGUGCAGCAGGGGGGGCCGUACGGGGAAAGAGAGGCAGCAGCAGUGGUGGGGCGGCUGGUGGGACUGCUGAGGGACCUGCACGCCCAGGGCAUCAUGCAUCGGGAUGUGAAGCCGGAGAAUGUGCUUCUAAGGGGGGAUGAUGAUGACGUGGACAUUGCAGUUAUUGACUAUGGGGUUUCCGUGUUCUUCAAUCCAGGCGAACGCUUUUCUGAGAUCGUAGGCUCGCCAUUCUACAUCGCCCCAGAGGUUCUCCAUGAAUCCUACGGUCCAGAAUCCGACAUCUGGGCCGCCGGAGUGAUCCUGUUCGUCCUUUUAUCAGGAGCGCUUCCCUUUUGGGGGGACUCUGACGAGGGAGUGUUUCGGGCGAUAUUGGAGAAGAGUGUUGAGGAGGAGGUGGAGAGAGAGGGAGUGUGGGAGAGCGUGUCUGACGAAGCUAAGGAUCUGGUGUUGCGCAUGCUGACAAAAGACCCCGCCCUGAGAAUCACGGCAGACGAAAUUCUUGGACACCAAUGGCUUCAAGAGAUUUCUGACGCCACGCACUACAGCAAGCAGCAGGUGCCACGGCGGUCCUCUGUGCGGCGAGUGGAAGGGGGCGGAGCAUACGAGCUGGAAAACGUGUGCAUACAUGCGCGGUUCAAGGGAGGGGUGACCUUGCACCGAGUAGAGGACGUGCCUGGCGAUGGUGAUGGUUUACCCCUAUGCAACGAGGCAGGCUGUUUCACCUUCCCAGUCACCUACACCAAUGACAAGCUGCCACGAGGCAAGAGGGGGCACAGCGGGUGGAUCGAGGACGCUACAGCUGUCAUCAUGCCGCUGACGGCCGGCAAUCCGUGGCAUUUUCUGCACCACGUCAUCCCUCUGUCUCAUCUCCUCGCCUCGCAGCACCACGCCCUGCGCAACACAGCGCACCUCUUCCCCUGCCUCGCCAGGGGUGUCGAAGGCAUGCUAGCCCACGCCUCCCGCAUACACGGGGAGGGCAUGAGAGAUGCAGUCACACAUAUGCAAGACGCAGAUGUGCACGGCAUUCAUGCUCGUGACAAUGCGCACAUCGCUGCUGCUGGCAUUUCCGUGCCCCCCCCUGACUACUACUCCACUCGCCACUUCCCCUGGUGGCCUCUGCUCGCUGCUACCGCCCCUCCAGGCAUCACCCUCUACCAGGUGAAUCAAAUCGAGAACGUGCCGCGUGAUCUAAUGAGAAUCAAAUCUCGCCGCCGCCUAUCUUCUCAGCAGCAGCCAUCCCAAAAGCCACCUCACCACCACCACCACCGCCGCCUCUCGUCGCUGGUAACCGUGUCAGAGGUGGCAGCGCUAGCAGCCAAUCGCUCCUCCCCCUUCCUCUGCUACCGCCAUGCCUUCCUGGGUCUGCCCCCCGCCUUCUCCCCCGGCCCACUGCUGCAAAGACGGCCCCCGCUGCUGCCGGUCGAGUCCUACCAAGAGUUCAGGCGACGGGCUUUGGAGCUUGCUGGGGUCACAGAGGACAGUCUCCCCCGGCCCUCAAGGCGAGGCGAUUCAGGAGUUCAGACGGCAAGCUCUUGCCCCUUGCAGGGGGCACUGUCAACGACAGGUGAGACGCGUGCUGGAGCUGCUUUUAAGAAUUCAAAAAAGCGACGGGUGAAGCGCGCGAACAAUGUGCCUUUUUUCGUAAAUCCCCCAUCCCUCUUCCAUCCUCUAAACCCUUUCACCUCCCCCCUCACCCCACCACUCUUCCAUGCCCAUCAUCCUUCCCUCCCGCAGUGA